AUGUCGAGUCAGCCGGCUUUCCCGAUCCAACAGCAGCCAAACCUGAACUCCGCUCCUUUCCCACAAUGUCUUGUGAAACCUUUUAACAAACCUCUGCAAAUCAAGAGGAAUGUCAUAACAGACGAUUACAGUGUCACAAGUCAAGUGCUCGGUAUGGGGAUAAAUGGCAGAGUGUUGGAGGUAUUCCACAAAGAGAGUGGAGAAAAGUAUGCACUGAAGAUGCUGCAGGAUUGCCCAGAGGCCAGGAGAGAGGUAGAGCUACACUGGAGGGUGUCACCUUGCCCCCAUAUUGUACCCAUCAUAGAUGUUUAUGAGAAUCUCUACCAUGGCAGGACAUGCCUCCUCAUCCUGAUGGAGUGCAUGGAUGGGGGUGAAUUAUUCAGCCAUAUCCAAGACAGAGGGAAUCAUGCAUUCACAGAAAGAGAGGCCUCUGACAUCAUGAGAAGUAUUGGCGAGGCCAUACAUUUCUUGCAUUCCAUCAACAUUGCCCACAGAGACAUCAAGCCAGAGAACCUGCUGUACACCUCCAAAAGGUCAGAUGCCCUCCUCAAGCUGACAGACUUUGGGUUUGCCAAAGAAAUCACCACCUUAAACUCUUUAGCAACACCGUGUUUUACCCCGUACUAUGUAGCUCCAGAAGUUCUUGGUCCAGAGAAGUAUGACAGAUCCUGUGACAUGUGGUCUCUGGGUGUCAUUAUGUAUAUUCUACUUUGUGGAUAUCCUCCCUUUUUCUCGCAUCAUGGUCUGGCAAUAUCCCCGGGAAUGAAAAGACGGAUCUGCAACGGACAAUAUGAGUUCCCCAACCCCGAGUGGUGCGAUGUGUCUGAGGAAGCCAAACAGCUAAUCUGCCACUUACUGAAAACCGAGCCCACCCAGAGAAUGAGCAUCACCGAGUUCAUAAACCAUCCCUGGAUUAAUUCGGUGAAGGUCCCACAGACGCCCCUUCACACCAGCCGCGUGCUGCACGAGGAGCAAGACGUCUGGGAGCAGGUCAAAGAGGAAAUGACAAAUGCCCUGCAAACGAUGAGAGUGGACUAUGACCAAAUUAAAAUCAAAACCAUUGAAGACUCAACUAAUCCUCUACUCUUGAAGAGAAGAAAGAAAAGUAAAAAAUCAGCCACACAACCUCCAGGCUAGUAAAAUAAAGACUUUUUAAGAGGUAUUCAGUUUCACACAAACGCUCACACAUGCACAAGAUUUAGCUGGAAGAAAAAGCUUUCAAGGAGAGCUUUAGGGAUGGUGUGCAUUGCCAAGUAGCUUUAAAAUAAUACCUUUAUGGUGUGUUUUUAGCGGUUUUAAUUUUUCUAAGAUUUUAUUUUCACACAUGAAAUGCACCCAGGCAUUUUGGUAAAUGUGCUUUGAGGACUUUUGAACUCUUUCUAUGCUUUUAAAAUGUAUUCUCUGUGUGCACUUAUUCAUAAAUCCUCUCAUCAGAGAAAACAAAAUGUACUGUAUGUGUUGUAUAUUAGGACAGUGUUUAUUAUGUACAUAUUCGAGUGAGCUUUGUUGGCGUCAGCUGACAGUUUUUAGGUUGUUUUCUGUCUCUUAAUUUUUUCCGUUCUCAGUGUUGAAACCAUUUUGAGCGACUUUUUUCUCUCUUAAGGGUGCAGUUGUGAGAUAUUUUGCAAGCAUCAUUCAUAUUUAUAUUUUGAAUGAUCGUUACCAGAAGCCACAGUGUUUGUUUUGGAUGCCAAUGUGAUGGCAGAAAUAUUUCUCCUUACCACAGUGUAGGAGUUUUCCUGGCACAUUGUGGCUGUGCUGUGUCUAAAACCUAUUUACCAUGUGUAUCAAUAAUGUGUAGAAAUAAUCACACUUACUAUACUCAAAGAACGGGUGUUGAUUGUAUUUGAUGGAUAAAACGGAGCUGCCACCUGAACCCUAUGUGCUUCUGUAGAAGGUAUUUUCUCUGGAGCAGUGAUAUAAAAGUAGCUGCAUGAAGUCUAUUGUGUGAGGCAUGAAAAGAGAAGUGAACGGCAGUAAACUUUUACAUGAUAAACAGAUGUACAGUGGAAAAUGCUGCACGUCACUAUUAUCCUGUUUGCCUUUUACUCUGGAUCAAAUCUCUUGAUACUUUCUGUGGUUUUUGCGUGUUGUUUGAUCAGUUAGCAUUUCACCAUUAGCAUAAAAUCAAAUAAACAUCCAGCAGCUCAGUUGUGUCUAACAAAUACAUAAUAUUUAUGGUGGCAUGGUAAAUUAGUCUGCCAUGGAAAAUUAAACAGAAUGAAUCAGUGUCUGGAACAGUUAUUAAACACUUGUUUUGGAGUUUUCAUUUUGCAAAAAAAAGCCCCACAUUUUGCCAUACCACCACUGCAUUUUUCACCAGUGGCACUCUAAAAAGUGGCCGGAGGGGGGCAUGACGAGCCUGAUACACUGCACCGGUUCUCUCCGGGCACUCCGGCUUCCUCCCACAGUCCAAAGACAUGCAGAUUGGGGACUAGGUUAAUUGGUAACUCUAAAUUGUCCAUAGGUGUGAAUGUGAGUGUGAAUGGUUGUUUGUCUCUAUGUGUCAGCCCUGCGAUAGUCUGGCGACCUGUCCAGGGUGUACCCUGCCUCUCGCCCGAUGUAGCUGGGAUAGGCUCCAGCCCCCCCCCCCCCCUCAAGAGGAUGAAGCGGUUAGAAGAUGAAUGAAUGAAUGAAUGUCUUUAGUUUUCGUUAAUUUGGACAAAUUGGUCAAGACAACAGACAUGGGAAGGCACUGGUGCACUUGUUUAUUGAGACUGGGAUGUCUACAUGACAGUGAGUCAAUUGCCUUCACAAAGUGUUGCGUUUGUAUUGACACACCAUUGUUUUACUGUUAUUUUUAUAUAUGCUGUCAUAUGUUCUGAACUUCUUAAAUCUUGUUCCUAAAAAUGACCCCCCCACAAAAAAUAAUGCUAAAAAAAAUUAAACUGAAACAAACAAACUCUGGGAACGAACGGAAACUAAACUGAAUUAAAAACAAAUAUUAAAGCGGGGGAAAAAAGUGAACAAUACAAAAAUUUAGCAUAGCGUUAGUUCAGGCAGGACCCGAUGUCAAGCUCAGCUCACAUCCCAGCUACAUCAGCUGAUCUAAAAGGGAAGGGAGUCAGCUGAUAGAUCACAUGAAUCCUUUCUAUGCAACCAAUUGGUGAAUCUCAUUCAGGGCACCCUAUUUAAACUCCUCUGGCCUGCCUACUGUUGCUGCUUCCUCUGCAAGCGGCUUUGCAACCCAUCUCCACCCCAGCUCCUCCUUUUCAUGCUGUGUCUGACUUAUCAGAGUCUUUUCUGUUUGUCAUUGAUGCUGCUCUGUUAUGUUUCUGGGGGUCUUUGCUGCUGCUCUCCCUGUAUAAGGCUUUUCAAGGUUUUGAAGUGUCCUCAAAGAGAGACCUAAGAAUUUAGAAGCAGUCUGCAGCUUUUGUAAUGCAGAAACUGUAAGCUAAAACAUGAGCAUCUUAAAAUGGUUAAAAUUGUUAACAUGCUCACGUUGUAUCCAACGUAAGUGACGACUAUAAAGUGACCCGUGGUCAUUUUAUCCCAGCAUCUUGAAGCAUCCAAUUAUUUGCCAAGAAAUGUGCUCAGAAUGCUGUAAUCUAUCUAAAAACUAUUGGAAUUUACCAGCAGUAUAUUUGUAGCCCUCAUUAAUAAAUGUGCUAAAAUACAUCAGGCACCAGUUGA